UGCUGCUGGUUCACUAAGCGGUCUUGAGUUCUUCAGCUAUUUAGGAGAUUCAACUACGUUUAUUCAUACUGAAUCUUUUUAAUGAAUUUCCUGAGAGCCAAGAAGGGCCAAUCUACAGAAAAAAGCGGGAGGUGGACCUUAAGCAUCUUCUAGAAACUCUUCUAGCUGAUACCAUGAAACGACGACAAAAGAGGAAACAUUUGGAAAAUGAAGAGUCCCAGGAAACCGCUGAGAAGGGAGGAGGAAUGUCAAAGUCCCAAGAGGAUGCCCUGCAGCCUGGAUCCACUAGAGUGGCCAAAGGCUGGAGCCAAGGGGUGGGAGAAGUUACUUCUACCUCCGAAUACUUCUCCUGUGUUUCUUCUUCACGCAAGCUCAUCCACGGUGGAAUCCAGAGACUACAUCGAGACAGCCCCCAGCCUCAGUCACCCCUGGCCCAGGUUCAGGAACGAGGAGAGACUCCUCCCUGCUCACAACAUGUCUCCUUGUCAUCCCAUUCGUCCUAUAAGACUUGUGUGUCCUCUCUGUGUGUAAGCAAAGAGGAAAGGGGCAUGAAAAUAUACUACAUGCAGGUACAAAUGAAAAAAGGUGUGGCUGUCUCCUGGGAGACAGAGGAAACUUCAGAGUCCUUAGAAAAGCAGCCAAGGAUGGAAGAAGUGACCCUUCCUGAGGUUGUGAGGGUAGGUACUCCCCCCUCUGAUGUGUCCACCAGAAACCUCCUGUCUGACAGUGAGCCCGGCGGGGAGGAGAAAGAGCAUGAGGAAAGGACAGAAUCAGACAGCCUGCCAGGCUCACCCACCGUUGAGGAGACACCCAGGGCCAAGACUCCUGACUGGCUGGUGACCAUGGAGAACGGCUUCAGGUGCAUGGCCUGCUGCCGGGUUUUUGCCACCGUGGAAAUCCUCCAGGAGCAUGUGCAAUAUGGGAUCAGAGAAGGCUUCAGCUGCCACGUCUUUCAUCUCACCAUGGCUCAGCUGACAGGCAACAUGGAAUCAGGGAGCACCCAACACGAGCAGGAGGAGGAAAAUGGAAAUGAGGAGGAGGAGGAAGAGAAACCAGCAGCAAAGAAGGAGGAGGAGGGGCAGCCCACAGGGGAAGACCUUGGCCUGAGGAGAUCCUGGAGCCAAUGUCCAGGCUGUGUGUUUCAUUCUCCAAAGGACCUUCCAAAGGACAGGAACAGCUGAGACUUAUGGGCCAGAAGAUACUGGAAGAUGGUGUGGCCUUCUCUUGCA